AUGACCGACCAAGUUGAUAAUCCACGGGAUCAAAGAGACGUCAGGCAAUUCAUACAGAGGAUCAAGUAUCCCAAACAAGGUGAUUUCUUGUUAUCCGCCCAUCGAGGAUUUAGAUGGGAUGGUGUACCAGAAAACAGUCGAACUUCGAUUAAGAGAGCCGUCGAACAUGGCAUGAUCUGCGUUGAAAUAGAUAUCAGAUUGACCUCAGAUGGUGUACCAGUGCUAUUUCACGAUCAGACUCUAGGACGAGUUACGAACAUCGCUGAAUACAUGGGCAGAUCAGAUGCCUAUUCCCCUUUCACCGGUAAAGGUUAUAGUCCUCUAAUCCAACAGACACCUUGGAACGGAUGUAUUGAUCAUCUGAAAUUGAAAGAGGAACAUGGCGAGAUAUGCGACGAGGGGGUUUUAGACUUCGAAUCGCUCCUUGAUUUGAUUGAGGAAGAGAAGCUUGAUAUCGUCCUAUUCAUGGAUAUCAAAUGCAAAGAAGCUAUGCCGAUCAUGUACGAAGUCAUGAAAGACAGGAAGAAUGCCGCUGGCGUGCCUGCUCUGGAGUGGUGCGUUUGGAAAGUAUUUGUACAUAUGUAUGGGUAUCCUCAGGAGCUAGAGGAAGAAGCUUGGUGGCAAGACGCCAAGAGGAUUGGCCAACCCGUUUACAUUCCGGUAUACGAGCCUUGGCCCACAAGACAGAUUGAAGAUCCCUUCAAGUCAAUUAAGGCAUUCUCACACUACCCUAAUGUGAUUGCUCUCGAGAUCGGUCUAAGAGCACCAGGCGGAUAUAUGCAAGAUUUACUCGAUUAUGCCACUUCGCCCGAAUGCCCACUCAAGAGUAUCGGUUUCUUCGCUGCUCUGGGUGAUCUGUGGAGACACGACCACAAGGAGAUCAAAUUUGAUCUAGGUGAUUUCACAGUGCCUCGGGAGUUAGAUGAGGAAUUUUCGCAUCUGUACUUCAGAAUUGAUAAUCCACCGCAACCUCAUGAUGCCCUUCUUAUCGAGGGUGAUUCUCCUGAUGGACAUGACUAUAGAGCCGAUCUAGCUCGAUACAAGAAGCUUGGGUUCACCUGGACCAUCACUGAUCGAGGAGAGGAAUUGAAAUGUAAAGAAUUGAUCACACAAUAA